CCCGGAGGGAGCCAGGAGCGUCGCCGAGGAAGGAAGGAAGGAAGGAAGGAAGGAAGGAGGGAGGGAGGGAGGGAGGCCGGAGCGGCGCUCGCCAUGCCCGUCAGGAGGCAAGACACGCAGCGCGCCCUGCGGCUCCUGGAGGACUACCGCGCCAAGCUGAGCCCACGGGAGGACCGGCAGCUGCGCAGCUCGGUGGAGCGGGUGAUCGGCAUCUUCCGGAGCAGCCUCUUCCAGGCCCUGCUCGAUAUCCAAGAGUUCUACGAGGUGACUCUACUUGAAAACCCCAGGAGUGCCGAUCACCCGAAGCCGGCUCAACCCGUCCAGCCCGGGGGCACCUGGGACUUCCCCAGUCCGCCAAGCACCGGCCUGACUUCGGAGACCUUGCCCAGCAGCCAGACUGCCGACACCCAGAAAUUCAGCUCCCAAGAUGAAGACUCUUUUCCCUCGGAGCCCAGCGGCUUUCCUCAGGCUCCGGGCACAGGGAUGCCAGCUGCAGAGCUGGUGCAUGUGUCCGAGAAGAACCUCUCACAGCUGGAAAGCAUCCGUGGCUUCGUUGGCCACUCGCACAUUUCACCAGCCAAGAUGCCAGAAGCUGCUCUUCCUUCUCCUCCUCCUCCUCCUCCUCCUCCUCCUGUUGUCUCUGCUCUGCCAGUUCCUGCCGAGGCUUCACUCAUCCCAUCUUCCAUCUCACAGGCAAAUCCCCCUCCAGUCGUGGUAAACACAGAAACUCCAGAGACACCAACUUACGUCAACGGCACCGACGCGGAGUAUGAAUAUGAAGAAAUCACGCUGGAAAGGGGCAAUUCUGGGCUGGGAUUUAGCAUCGCAGGAGGAACGGACAACCCUCAUGUGGAGGACGACUCCGGUGUGUUCAUUACGAAGAUCAUCCCAGGAGGGGCGGCUGCCCAAGACGGGAGGCUGCGGGUGAAUGACUGCAUUUUGCGUGUGAACGAGGUAGACGUCCGCGAUGUGACCCACGGCAAAGCUGUGGAAGCCUUGAAGGAGGCGGGCUCCAUGGUCCGUCUGUCCGUCAAGAGGAGGAGGCAAACCACGGAAAGAAUGGUGGAUAUAAAGCUGGUGAAAGGGCCCAAAGCAGGUCUUGGGUUCAGCAUCGCUGGGGGUGUCGGCAACCAGCACAUCCCUGGAGACAACAGCAUCUACGUCACUAAAAUUAUUGAAGGUGGAGCUGCACAUAAGGACGGACGGCUCCAGAUCGGAGACAAGUUGAUGGCUGUGAACCAUGUUUGCUUAGAAGAAGUGACCCACGAAGAAGCAGUGGCUGCUUUAAAGAACACGUCUGAUUUUGUCUAUCUGAAACUUGCAAAGCCCAGCAGCAUGUUCAUAAAUGAUGCUUAUGCACCUCCUGAGAUCACUGGCUCUUACUCUCAGCCUGCAGAGAACCACGUCAACCCAUCAAGUUACCUGGGCCAGCCUUUGCCACCAGCCUCCCCAGGGAGAUACUCACCUGUUCCUAAGGCAAUGCUGGGAGAAGACAAGAUCACCAGGGAGCCACGGAAGCUGGUGCUGCAUCGGGGCUCCACAGGACUUGGCUUCAACAUCGUGGGGGGAGAGGACGGGGAGGGGAUUUUUGUCUCCUUCAUCCUUGCCGGGGGGCCUGCAGACCUCAGUGGGGAGCUCAGGAAAGGAGACCGCAUCAUUUCGGUAAAUGGCAUGGACCUCAAAGCUGCAACCCACGAAGAGGCAGCCGCUGCCUUGAAAAACGCCGGUCAGUCCGUCACUAUCGUAGCUCAAUAUCGUCCAGAAGAAUAUGGCCGUUUUGAAGCCAAAAUACACGACUUGCGAGAGCAGAUGAUGAGCAGCAGCAUGAGCUCAGGAUCUGGCUCUCUGCGGACCAGCCAGAAACGGUCCCUCUAUGUCAGAGCCCUCUUUGACUACGACAAGACUAAAGACAGUGGCCUCCCCAGCCAGGGGCUGAACUUCCGCUUUGGCAACAUCCUCCACGUCAUCAACGCCUCGGAUGAUGAAUGGUGGCAGGCACGACUGGUGAUGCCAGGCGGGGAGAGUGACCAGGUUGGCGUCAUUCCCAGCAAACGCAGAGUGGAGAAGAAGGAACGAGCUCGGUUAAAGACGGUGAAGUUUAAUUCUAAAGCAAGAGGCGACAAAGGGCAGUCAUUCAAUGACAAGCGUAAAAAGAACCUCUUUUCCCGAAAAUUCCCCUUCUACAAGAACAAGGACCUGAGUGAGGCAGAGACCAGUGAUGUUGACCAGCAUGUGACUUCCAAUGCCAGCGACAGUGAAAGUAGUUACCGUGGCCAGGAAGAGUGUGUCUUGUCUUAUGAACCAGUCACACAGCAAGAAGUCAGCUACACGCGUCCUGUGAUUGUCCUGGGUCCCAUGAAAGACCGCAUCAACGACGACCUCAUCUCAGAAUUCCCUGACAAGUUCGGCUCCUGUGUCCCACAUACCACCCGACCGAAACGAGAUUACGAGGUGGAUGGGCGAGAUUACCACUUUGUGAUGUCGCGAGAACAAAUGGAGAAAGACAUCCAGGAUCACCGGUUCAUUGAAGCCGGCCAGUACAACAACCACCUCUAUGGGACAAGUGUCCGGUCCGUGAGGGAGGUGGCCGAGAAGGCAGCCUCUCCUUCCCUCCAGGGCAAGCACUGCAUCCUUGAUGUUUCUGGGAAUGCCAUCAAGAGGCUCCAGAGCGCUCAGCUGCACCCGGUUUCCAUCUUCAUCAAGCCCAAGUCCGUGGAGAACAUCAUGGAAAUGAAUAAACGAUUAACGGAUGAGCAAGCUCGAAAAACCUUUGAACGAGCCAUGAAGCUGGAGCAAGAAUUUACAGAACAUUUUACAGCCAUUGUACAAGGUGACACAUUGGAAGAGAUUUACAAUCAUGUCAAGCAAGUCAUUGAGGAGCACUCCAGCCCCGUCAUUUGGGUGCCGGCCAAGGAGAAGCUCUGAGGGUACCCCAACUCCAGGGGUCGGCCUCCGCCAGCCAGCCAGCCAGCCUGCCUGCCUGCCUGCCUGCCUGUCUGCCUGCCCACCUGCCUGUUAUCCCUUCUCGGGGCUCCCCUGGGACAAAGCCCCUCUUUGGUUUUAACGUUUCGCAAGCUGCUGGCCGAGGGCUUUUUUCUCAAGAGUGAGGGGACUCUUUCCACUCCUGUGGAUAGAAAUGGAGAAUAAUGCGGUUAAAAUUCCUUAAUGUUUAAGGGAAAGUAUCCUUCAGAGACUUUGAGAAAACAAAGCUUUUUAUGUAGCCUUUUAACAAUUUUAUAAUAAGAUGAAAGAAAAGUGGUCUUAAUGUAAAAUGGGAGCAGUUUUGCACGUUUGAAUUUGCUAGCAUGGUUUCCUUCAAGAGAUUUGGGUUCAAAUUAUAGUUUCACAGUUUCUGCCGCAAAUAUAUUUUUUCUCUCAGCUUAAUAAAAACUUUUUUCAAAAUCAAA